AAAAAAAAUAGUUAAAAAAAAAGAAAAAAAAAAAAAGCUGUCUCAAGGUCUCUGACGUUAUUUUCCUGUCGAAGUCGCAGACUCGUCAUCACAGCUCAGGAGGAGAAAUUCUGGGUUUUCUUCUUCUCCUCCUCUACUCGCUAAAUCUUCUCCAUCUCUAAAAAGGUAAAACCUAAUCAUCUCCGCGUUUCUAUCUGAAGAAUCUGUCAGAUAGAUAGAUAGAGAUAGAGAGAGAGUUUAUAGAGGAUGCCAAUGAUCUCCAAAGCUUCAUCUACUACCACCGCCACCAACAAUUCAUCGAUUCCUUCUUGUUCUAGGAUUGGAGGUCAGCUUUGUGUGUGGCCUGGUUUGAGACAACUUUGCCUCAGGAAAAGCUUAUUAUACGGAGUAAUGUGGUUAUUAUCCAUGCCACUCAAAACAUUGCGUGGAGCUAGAAAAACCCUUAAAAUUACCCACUUUUGUAGCAUUUCCAACAUGCCAUCCUCUUUAAAAAUCGAACUGGUUCCCUGUAGUAAGGACAACUAUGCGUAUCUUUUGCACGAUGAAGACACUGGCACAGUUGGAGUGGUUGAUCCUUCUGAGGCUGCACCUGUUAUUGAGGCAUUGAGCAGGAAAAACUGGAAUUUAACUUACAUUUUGAAUACUCAUCAUCAUGAUGAUCACAUUGGAGGGAAUGCUGAAUUGAAAGGAAAGUAUGGCGCUAAGGUGAUUGGAUCAGCGUCGGAUAAGGAUCGGAUUCCUGAAAUUGACAUACUUCUGAAGGAUAGUGACAAGUGGAUGUUUGCUGGCCAUGAGGUCCGGAUACUUGACACUCCUGGCCACACACAAGGCCACAUAAGCUUCUACUUUCCUGGGUCAGCGACAAUAUUCACAGGAGACCUAAUAUAUAGCUUAUCCUGUGGUACCCUUUCAGAAGGUACCCCUGAGCAGUCUCAGAUGCUUUCAUCACUUCAAAAGAUCGUGGCGUUACCAGAUGAUACAAAUAUAUACUGCGGCCGUGAAAACACAGCAGGAAAUCUAAAGUUUGCACUAUCAGUAGAACCAAAGAAUGAAACUCUUCAGUCCUAUGCAACCCGAGUCGCCCAUCUGCGCAGCCAGGGACUCCCAUCGAUUCCAACGACUGUUAAGGUGGAGAAAGCGUGUAACCCGUUCCUCAGAACAUCGAGCAAAGAUAUCCGUAAAUCAUUAAGCAUUCCAGACUCAGCAACCGAAGCUGAAGCACUGCGUCGUAUACAAAGAGCCAGAGACCGUUUCUGAAAAAAAACUUGGGGCAUGUUUCUUAAUUUGUAUAGAAAAUUCACAAAUCAUCAUCAGCCGCAAAAAAAUCAAUAUGUUAUUAUAUGUUUUGGGCUUUCUUCAGUUAAUCCAUUUGAAUCUGUAUUCAAAACAGAAAAAUAUCUAUAUAUAUUUAGUUGCUCAAUUAUUAAAUUAUGAGAUUUUCAA